GCUCAUUGGCACUUUCCGGAUGGUCCUGCAAAAGGUGGUGGAGGAAGGGCAGGUGGAGGUGACGGACACGCUCAUAGACGACAAUAAUUCAGCCAUUCAGACCAGCAUCUCCAUAGAGAUCAGGUACCAGGCUCUGGAUGGGACAGUGGGUGCGUGGAAUGACAAGGAGUUCCUGGAGACACCCAGCGUCCACUCAGAGGGGGAUGGCAGGUGCCCCUUAGAGACUGACAGUCUUCUCUCCGGACACCGGCAGAGCUCGGACAUCUCUCCGGGCAAAUCCAACCAGCAGUCCGCAGAGAGGAGCUUCAGAAGCAAAGGCAAAGAGAAGACGAAGGAGCACAAAGCUGGGAAAGGAGUUUUUUCAGCCAUGAAGCUUGGCAAGACGCGUCCAUCAAAGGACGACCAUCGGAAACAAGAUGAACCCGCUGUUUUGGAGGCAGAAGACCUGGACCGAAAAGCCAUGAGGCAGGGAGGCGGACUGGAGCCGGACACCAUCUCCUUGGCCUCUGUCACAGCUGUCACCACCAAUGUCUCAAAUAAGAGGUCCAAGCCUGACAUCAAAAUGGAGCCGAGUGCUGGGAGGCCAAUGGAUUACCAGGUCAGCAUCACCAUCAUCGAGGCCCGGCAGCUUGUUGGGCUCAACAUGGACCCCGUGGUCUGCGUGGAGGUUGGAGAGGAAAAGAAAUACACGUCCAUGAAGGAAUCGACCAAUUGCCCGUACUACAACGAGUACUUUGUCUUCGAUUUCCACGUCCCCCCAGAUGUCAUGUUCGACAAGAUCAUCAAGCUGUCGGUGAUCCACUCAAAAAACCUCUUGCGCAGUGGGACUUUGGUAGGCUCCUUCAAGAUGGACGUUGGAACCGUUUAUACCCAACCUGAGCACCAGUUCUACCACAAAUGGGCCAUCCUUUCUGACCCUGAGGAUCUCACCGCCGGGCUGAAAGGUUACCUGAAGUGUGACAUCGCAGUGGUAUGGAAAGGAGACAACAUCAAGACACCACACAAAGCCAAUGAGACGGACGAGGAUGACAUUGAAGGGAACCUCCUCCUCCCGGAUGGGGUCCCUCCGGAGAGGCAGUGGGCUCGUUUCUACAUCAAGAUCUAUCGAGCGGAGGGACUGCCCCGUAUGAACACCAGCAUCAUGGCCAACGUGAAAAAGGCCCUCAUUGGGGAGAACAAGGACUUGGUGGACCCCUACGUGCAGGUGGUCUUUGCAGGGCAGAAGGGUAAGACAUCCAUACAAAAAAGCAGCUACGAGCCUCUCUGGAACGAGCAAAUAGUCUUCACAGAAAUGUUCCCCCCAUUGUGCAAGCGGAUUAAGAUCCAGAUCCAAGACUCGGACAAAGUCAAUGACGUGGCCAUUGGUACCCAUUUCAUUGAUUUGCGGAAGAUCUCUAAUGAAGGAGACAAAGGCUUCCUGCCCACCUUUGGCCCCGCGUGGGUGAACAUGUACGGCUCCACUCGGAACUACACCCUGAUGGAUGAGCACCAAGAGCUGAAUGAGGGUCUGGGUGAAGGCGUCUCCUUCCGGGCCAGGCUUUUGAUGAGUCUCGCUGUGGAGAUCUUGGACACCAGCAACCCAGAGAUCAACAGCUCCACCGAGGUGCAAGUCGAGCAAGCCACAUCAAUUGCUGACAGCUGCACUGGGAAGAUGGAGGAGUUCUUUCUCUUUGGAGCCUUCCUGGAAGCUACCAUGAUCGACAGGAAGAUUGGUGACAAACCCAUCAACUUUGAAGUCACAAUAGGUAACUAUGGGAAUCAGAUCGAUGGCAUGACCAAACCCAUCCCACGGCGGAAGAAAGAGGGAGGGGAUGGGGAUGAGGAGGAGUCUGAGCUGCUCCAGAACUCAAGUGAGGAUGAAGGUGAUGAGGAUGGAGAGCUGGUCUCUGUUUCUUCAUCUCAGCCCAUGAAGCCCCUGGUCACAGACAGGAACUACUUCCACCUGCCGUACUUUGAGAAGAAGCCCUGCAUCUACAUCAAGAGCUGGUGGCAGGACCAGCGCCGCAGAUUGUACAACGCCAACAUCAUGGACAAGAUUGCAGACAAGCUGGAGGAAGGGCUCAACGACGUGCAAGAAAUGAUCAAGACGGAGAAGCCUCACCCGGAGCGGCGGCUCCGAGGGGUCCUGGAGGAGCUGAGCAGCGGGUGUUUGCGCUUCGUGACGUUGGCAGACAAGGACCAGCACCACUCUUCCCGCACGAGGCUGGACCGGGAGAGACUCAAGUCCUGCAUGCGGGAGCUGGAGAACAUGGGGCAGCAAGCCGCGACCCUGCGGUCGCAGGUGAAGAAAAACACCAUGAAAGACAAGCUGAAGCUGGUGCAAAACUUCCUGCAGAAACUCCGGUUCUUGGCGGACGAGCCCCAGCACACUAUUCCUGACAUCUUCAUCUGGAUGAUGAGCAACAACAAGCGCAUUGCCUACGCCCGUGUCCCUUCCAAGGAUAUCCUCUACUCCAUUGUGGAUGAGGAGAUGGGCAAGGACUGCGCCAAAGUGAAGACCAUCUUCCUCAAG